UGUAUUUCCAGUGGUAUCAUGUAGGAAACAUCAAAUAUCUGUUUACAUUUUUGGUUUUCUGUAUUAGUUUCAGUAUUAUUAUUAUAGGAAAAAAUUCGUGUAUUUUGUUUCUGAAUACAUUUCCUAGUAAGGGCCAGGAAGAUGAGCAACAUGAGCGGCCUUUUCUUGAAGCCAUUAGGGAGAAGCUAUUACAUUCGUGACUUAAUUGCCUACACAGAAGAUGAUAUUUUGAUCAAAAAACUGCACUUUUCCUCGGUGCCUCAGAAGCUGACGGGAGACAUUUUAAUCACAUAUUUUAGCAAUUUUGGCAGUGUCUUAGGAAUUCGGGUGGUCAGGGACCCGAAGUACCCAGUACCAUGUGUAAAUGGCGAUGUGUUGUUUGCCAACCCCAAGGACGCAGCCAAAGCGUUGGAAUUUCCCAGUCACUGUUUACACGGCAACCAAUUUAUUGUGAAGCCCAGCUAUAGUUGGCUUCAGCCGGAUGCCUAUGGGAAGAAGCAGGAGCAGGAUCAACCACAGGCAGCUCCCAUUUUAAAGUUAAACAACGACUGCUGGGUUGAAAUUAUGAAGUUCCUUAAGCUGCGCGAUAGGUUGCGCCUCGCCAGGACCUGCCACCGCUUCAGUGAUAUCUACCAAAUGACUACCGCCAGGCAGUACACAUCCGUGAACACGCGCCACUUCUUCAAAAUGAAUCAAUGGGACAUUGGAGACAUUUGCCAUUUGUGUAGCGGGGAUAUCCAGGACCUUUACAAAAUGACUCUGUGGGAUAUUCGAGUCUUUUACCAGUUGACUGGCUGGCAGAUACAGGACCUAGAGUGUUUGUUGCCCAUGAUGGAAUCUGACGAACGCUUUGGCUUCAUUCCGCUUUACUGUCGCAAUCUGACUUCCCUCUACUUGGGGCGCAAAGUCUUGAGUAGGGACACCAUGCUCUCCAUGCCCACCACCAUUGAAAAGUUGGAUUUGGGAAAGUGCUUCCGUGUGCAGAACUUACCACAGAUCAUCAAGCACUUUACCGAACUGCGAAAACUUAAUCUGGGGGAGGUCAGGGUCACAGAUAAGGUGUGCCUAACUUUGGUCAACAAGAACUGUUGUCCAAAGCUGGAAAUGCUGAGACUAUCGCCAACCGAGAAAAGCAAAUGCGAGGUCUUGGCACAACUUCCCAACCUCAAGAGACUGACCAUAAGCUCGAAGAGCGACACAAAUGUCACCGGAGCAGAUCUCAUCGAUAAACUGGUGGAACACAAGGCAGAGCUGCUGGAAUACCUAGAAUUUGAUUGUGCCAAUCCUCUGCCCAAAGAGCAGCUAUCCCAAAUUGCCAAGUUAGUAGGUCUUCGCACGCUGAUUCUUCCCAUUUGGUAUGGGGUGAAGGAAGAUGACUUAAAGAAGUUUGCCAGUCUCAAGAAUUUGGAGCAAAUAUGCUUUAAUUACAAGGGUAAAAGCGAUGCUGCCAUUCUUGACCUGUUCAUAGCCUGUCCCAGGCUCAGCCACCUGAGUAUCUUUGGCUACGGUCAGCCCACCAAUGAGCUAAUGCAGUGCGUAAUUGACCAGGUGCGCCAAGAGCAGGCCAACAAUAGUAUGGAGCGAAAGAUACCCAUUGAAAUGGGUCUGCCUUUUGACCUCACGACGCCAGAGGGUCCAGUUCAUGGGUCCGAGGACAUAAUUAAAACCCAAUUUAAUUACUGGUGUAGCCUUUCAAAUUUCCGUCCAGAGCGAUGGUCGUAAUCAUUUAAAUUUCUUCUAGAAAGAGUCAUUGUUAAUCGUUCGUGUUAUAUUAUUUUGUUGGUUAUUUGUUAAAUUGUUCAAUUUUGUGAAA